GGCCUGCUGUGUUCGUCCAGUUCUACACCUUGUUAGCUCAGAUUCUCCAGCAUCUGCAGUUCCGACUAUCUCUGAACCCAUUCAACGAUAUUAUGACUGAUCUGACAAUCCUUAACUCAACUUUCCGAUCUAUGAAUGGAUAACCUCCUCACCUGGAGCCUCAUGACCCCAGCGAGACUUUGGCUACCGGUCCUGAAAUUAUUUUUUAACGGUUAUAAUUGUUUUGCCGUUCGGCCUGGGUGUCUGUCAAUGAUUGUACAGUCGCCUUUACCUCGCCCGGUUCAAGGACUCUGAGUCUAUCUCUUUGCCCACACGCAGGCGGGUCCAGGCCGAGGAGAGGGAGGAGUCGCGGCACGGCCCCCGAUCCUGGGACUGAUCUGUGGCGAGAAGCCGGCUCGCAGCUGACACCAAAUGGAGGGGAAGGCGACACCGCCGGAGCGCAGCAGCCUGGAGCUGUUUACAGCAGCUUUCGAGCAGCAGGGGUGCGGGGGAGCGAUCGAAGCCAUACGGCCCCGUGAAUUCAGUAGACUCACAGGAAUUACUUACCUGGAUCAUGCUGGUGCAACACUUUAUGCACAUAGUCAAAUUCAUCGCUUUUACCAAGACCUUGCAGAAAAUAUCUAUGGUAACCCCCACAGUGCAAAUAUUGCCAGUCGAUUGACACAUGACACUGUUGAACGAGUUCGUUACAGAAUUCUACAGCACUUCAACACCAGCCCAGAAGAAUAUACUGUCAUUUUUACAUCAGGAAGUACAGCAGCUCUUAAACUUGUUGCAGAAUGUUUUCAGUGGACCCACACGGAGCCAGGAGGCGCGAGUCAGUUUUGUUACCUGACUGACAAUCAUACAUCCGUUGUUGGUAUAAGAGGAUUGUCUGCUUUAGCUGGUGCUCUAACUAUCCCAGUCAACCAUUCUGAAAUUUAUGAAGUUAAACACAGCCUGAACAAGAACAUUGCUGUGUGCAAGGAGGAAAAUUGUCACACUCCGCAUCUCUUCUGUUAUCCUGCUCAAAGCAACUUUUCAGGGACAAAAUACCCACUUACUUGGAUAAGCGAUAUUAAAUCAAGAAAGCUGUAUCCAUUCAGCAAAGUCUCAGGAAAAUGGUACGUGUUGGUGGAUGCAGCCUCGUUGGUGAGCACGUCGCCACUUGACCUCAGUAUACAUCAAGCAGACUUCAUCCCCAUUUCCUUUUAUAAAAUAUUUGGAUUUCCAACAGGCUUAGGAGCUUUGUUGGUGAAUAAUAAAAGUGGACAUAUGCUGAAAAAGAGAUAUUUUGGAGGAGGAACUGCAGCUUCUUAUUUGUCGGGGGAAGAUUUCUAUGUUCCUAAGCAGUUAUUAAGUGACAGGUUUGAAGAUGGCACCAUUUCUUUCCUUGAUAUAAUAGCAGUAAAUCAUGGAUUUGAUGCACUGGAUAAGUUUACAGGUGGAAUGCAAAAUAUUAUGCUUCAUACAUUUAGUCUGGCCCGUUAUACAUACAUAAUACUCUCUGGAAUGCGCCAUGCUAAUGGAACACCAGUUGCUCGGAUUUACAGUGAUAAUGAAUUUGAAACUCCAGACGCUCAAGGACCUAUUAUCAAUCUGAAUUUGCUUGAUGAGGAAGGUGGGAUUGUUGGAUUUGCCAAGGUGGACAAACUGGCAAAUUUGUACAACAUCCAUCUGCGCACUGGCUGCUUUUGUAACACUGGAGGUUGUCAACAACACCUCGGAAUCAGUAACGAAGAUGUCAAAAAGAAUCUAAAGGCAGGUCAUGUCUGUGGAGAUUCUUUGGAUUUGAUUGACGGCCGCCCCACAGGAUCAGUCCGAAUAUCCUUUGGCUACAUGUCCACAUUUGACGAUGCACAAAAAUUUUUGAAGUUUAUUCUUGGUUGUUUUGUUAAGCAGCCAGUUUGCUUUGACAAAGACACCUUGUCCAAGCUUGAAAGGUGUGGAACAAUGACAGAAUGUGACGAAUCGCAGGCAGAACAUCUAACAGAUGAAAAAACAACUAAAAUCUCUUCAGAAAUUGCUGUAGCACAAAAUUCUGCCAGGAUUGAGAUUCCCCUAUCUCAGAACUGUUCUGAUAAUCAGCUCGAGUUGGUAGAAAACCGAGAAACUUCCAAAUUAAUCAACAGCGGUGAGUCAAUCACACUCACCAACAUCUACUUAUACCCAAUCAAGUCUUGUGCUGCUGUUGAGGUUAAAAAGUGGCCUAUUGGAAAGCAUGGCUUAUUAUAUGAUCGUACCUGGAUGAUUGUCAACCAAAAUGCUGUCUGCCUUAGCCAAAAGCAAGAGCCCAGACUAUGUUUGAUUCAUCCACACAUUGACCUAGAGGAAGGGAUCAUGACCAUCAGUGCAGAAGGAAUGGAUCCCAUAGAUGUGCCUCUAGAAGGAGAGGAUAGAAAAGAAUUUUCACCUCAAUUCUGUCAAACCAGAGUCUGUGGAGACAGAGUGAAAGGACUGGACUGUGGGGAAAGUGUUGCAAAAUGGAUCUCCACAUUUCUUGGACGGCAAAGUUUUCUAAUCAGACAGAGCUCCAGUUUUCACAGAGCCUCGAAAAAGCAGCAUACACAAGUUCAAGACCAAGCUUUGACUGAAUCACCAUCCCUUUCAUUAGUGAAUGAAGCUCAGUAUCUUCUCAUAAACAUGGCAAGCGUUCUACACAUCAAAGAACAAUUAUUACAACGAGAUAGAACAAGUGUUUCUAAUUCACCUGAAGGAUUAGCAACUGAAGAGCUAAUCUAUCGUUUCCGUGCCAACCUUGUGAUAAGUGCAUUGAGGCCAUAUGAAGAAGAUGACUGGGCUGAAAUAGAUAUAGAUGGUGUAUCUUUCCAGAUUCUGGGUCUGUGCAACAGAUGCCAAAUGAUUUGCAUUAACCAAUUGAAUGGAAAAAGAAGCAAUGAACCCCUGCAGACUCUACAUUUAUCCAGGAACAGAAAGAUGACCUUUGGGGCGUACCUGUUUCAUCAGCUACCAGCAAACAUAGCGGAUUGUGCAACACUGACUGUCGGAUCUCAGGUCUAUGUCAGAAGAGAGAAAAUAACUUCUACUCCUCCUGCUGGCCAAUGACAUUCUCUGCAACUUCCAUAGGCAAGAAUAAAUGAUUGUUUCUGAAAAAUGCUUCAGUAACUUGGACAACGUUAUGAAUUCAUGUUCACUUAUAGUUCUCCAAAGUAAAGCCUAUGUUAAUUCCAGUUUAUUGGUUUGAAAAUCUAUUGGUACUGCACUAUUUCCUGACUUAAAAAUGAAAAUACAAUUGUUUCUAACUGUGAAUGAAAUCCUUAGAAGUAGGAAUUGUCCAAAUGAAUCUGAAUGCUAAGUUAUUUCAGUUGUUCUUUAUACUUAAUCAUUCUGCACGAUAGUUUUGAUAUAGUAGCAAAUUAGUUUCAAGAAUUUGUACAGAUCAAUUAAUAUCUAUUGAUUUUUCAUGUAUAUUAUUCAUGUUACAUUCACAAAGAUUUUGUUUUUAUUCGUCUCCCUUGCUGUUAAAAUCAUAACAUCUUAAAGAUAUUAUUUAAAUGGUUUUAUUUAGCCAGCACUCAAGACAUCAUUGUGAUUAGCUGAUUCUUUGACAUAUGCAAACAUAAUAUAAAUCUUCUACAGUUGUUGGUCAGAGAGAUUAUGACAAUUGCCUGACCCUCACCCAGAAUUUAUGAAUGUGCACUAAUCUUUGUUGAGUCUCUUUGCUAGCUUUGUAUCAAAACCAUAAGACCACAAGGUAUAGAAGUAGAAUAAGGCCAUUUGGUCCAUCAGAUCUGUUUCGCCAGUUGAUCAUGUUUCUCAAGCCUAUUCUCCCACCUUUCUCUGUAACCUUUCACCCCUUUACAAAUUAAGAACCUACCUUUGCCUAAAAUGCACUUAAUGACCUAAUCUCCAUAGCUCUCUGUGGCGAUGAGAUCGCAGAUUCACCACUCUUUAGCUGAAGAAAUUCCUCGUCAACUCAAUUCAACAGAUUUGUCCCUUCACCUUGAGUCUGUGCCCUAAAUUUAGACCAGUAGUUUUUAAAUAGUUUUAACUUUGUUAAAAUUGAUUUUGCUUGAUUAAUCUGACCUCAGCAAUACUGAAGAUGCUGCUACUGACCCUCAGCUCCAUGCCAAGGUACAAAAUUGAACGCAGAAUCUUACCAUUGAUGUCCUGACCUUGAUUGGAAAAUGCAUGUGAAGAUGUAUAAUUUUGUAUCAUUUCCCAUUUAAUGGCCUGACAACACUCAUUGUCUCGGUAUGGAUUGACUAAAGGUUCAGACGAAGUUUCACCUAAGGGCAACCUAGUGGCUCAGUGGUCAGCACUGCUGCCUUACAGCACCAGGGGCCUGGGUUCAGUUCCAACUUUGGCUCAUUGUCUGUGUGGAGUUUGUACUUUCUGCAUGUAUCUACAUAGGUUCCUGCCCGGCCAGGUGCUCUGAUUUCCUUCCACAGUUCAAAGAUGUGCAGGUUAGGUGGAUUGGCCAUGCUAAAUUGUCAAUAAUGCUGAGGGAUAUGGAGGCUAGCUGGAUUAGCUUUGGGAAAUGUGGGGGCUGACUGGGUGGAAAGAUCUGGUGAGGGUUAGUACAGUCUCACUGGGCCAAAUGACCUCUUUCUGCACUAUAGGGAUUAUUUUCUAUGAUAAGACCGUAAGAUAUAUGAACAGAAUUAUGAUAUUCAUCCCAUGAAGUUUACUUUGCCAUUCGGCCAUGGCUGAUAUGUUUCUCAACCCCAUUCUCUUGCCUUUACUCCAUAGCCCUUGAUCCCCUUGCCAACAAUGGACCUAUCUAUUUCUAUCAUAAAUAUACUCAAUGACUUGGCCUCCACAUUCCUCUGCGACAAAAAGUUCCACAGAUUAACCACUCUCUGGAUGAAGAAAUUCCUAAAUUCUGAACAGACAUCUCCUCUGUCUAAAGCUAUGACCUCAAGGUCCAGUCUGUCCUACGAAUGGAAAAAUCUUCUCCUUGUCCACUCUCUUCAGGUCCCUCUGUAUUCUGUAUGUCUCAAUCAGAUCUGCCCUCAUCCUUUUAAAAUUCAUUGAGUGUAGACUGAGAGUCCUCAAAUGUUCCUCAUGCUUGUCAACUUCCUCUGGACCCUUUUCAACACCAGCACAUCUUUCCUUUGGGUACAGCACCCAAAACUCCUCACAGUAUUACAAAUGUGGUCUGGCCAUUGCCUUAUACAGCCUCAACAGCACAUCUCUAGUCUUAUAUUCAAGCCUUCUUGAAAUUAAUGCCAACAUUGCAUUUAUCUGCGUAACUGCCAACUGAACCUGCAUGUUAACCUUAUGGGAAUCAUGAACUCGGAUUCCCAAGUCUUUUUGUGCUUUAGAUUUCCGAAGGCUUUGUCCAUUUAGAAAAUAGUCUACACCUCUAUUCUUCCUAUCAAAGUGCGUAAUCUCACACUUUAUUGCAUUGUAUUCCAUGGAUGUCUUCAUUACCCACUCCCCAUAGCACAUCCAAAUGUUUCUGUGGCCUCCCUGCUUCCUCAACAUUACCUGUCCCUCCAUCUAUUUUUGUGUUAUCUGCAAACUUAGCAACAAUGCCCUCAGUUCUCUUGUCCAGUUUGUUAAUGUAUAACAUAAAUGUUAUAACUUCCCAACACUGACCCCAGCGUAACACCAUUAGUUACCAGCUGCCAUCCUGAAAAAGACCCCUUUCUCCCUACUAUCUGCCUUUUGCCAGCCAGCUAAUCCUCUAUACAUACUAGUACCUUGCCUCUAAUACCAUGGUCUUAUAUCUUAUCUAGCAGUCUCCUGUGCAGUACUUUGUCAAAGACCUUUUGGAAAUCCAAAAAGAACACGUCCAUUGGUUCUCCUCUGUCUAACAUGCUCAUUACCUACUCAAAGAAUUUACAUAGUUUUACAUAGAACAUUACAGUGCAGUACAGGCCCUUUGGCCCUCGAUGUUGUGCCAACCUGUCAUACCGAUCUCAAGCCCAUCCAACCUACACUAUUCCAUGUACGUCCAUAUGCUUAUCCAAUGACGACUUAAAUGUACCCAAAGUUGGCAAAUCUACUACCAUUGCAGACAAAGCGUUCCAAUCCCUUACAACUCUCUGAGUAAAGAAACUACCUCUGACAUCUGUCCUAUAUCUUUCACCCCUCAAUUUAAAGCUACGCCCCCUCGUGGUCACCGUCACCAUCCUAGGAAAAAGGCUCUCCCUUCCCACCCUAUCUAACCCUCUGAUUAUUUUAUAUGUCUCAAUUAAGUCACCUCUCAACCUUCUUCUCUCUAAUGAAAACAGCCUCAAGUCCCUCAGCCUUUCCUCGUAAGACCUUCCCUCCAUACCAGGCAACAUCCUAGUAAUUCUCCUCUGCACCCUUUCCAAAGCUUCCACAUCCUUCUUAUAACGCGGUGACCAGAACUGUACACAAUACUCCAAGUGCGGCCGCACCAGAGUUUUGAACAGCUUCACCAUAACCUCUUGGUUCCGGAACUCGAUCCCUCUAUUAAUAAAAGCUAAAACACUGUAUGCCUUCUUAACAGCCCUGUCAACCUGGGUGGCAACUUUCAAGGAUCUGUGUACAUGGACACCGAGAUCUCUCUGCUCAUCUACACGACUAAGAAUCUUACCAUUAGCCCAGUACUUUGCCUUCUGGUUACCCCUACCAAAGUGCAUCACCUCACACUUGUCUGCAUUAGACUCCAGUUGCCACCUCUCAGCCCAGCUCUGCAGCUUAUCUAUGUCUCUCUGCAACCUACAGCAUCCUUCGUCACUAUCCACAACUCCACCGACCUUAGUGUCGUCUGCAAAUUUACUAACCCAUCCUUCUACGCCCUCAUCCAGGUCAUUUAUAAAAAUGACAAACAGCAGUGGACCCAACACCGAUCCUUACGGUACACCACUAGUAACUGGUCUCCAGGAUGAAUAUUUCCCAUCAACUACCACCCUCUGUCUUCUUUCAGCAAGCCAAUUUCCGAUCCAAACUGCUACAUCUCCCACAAUUCCAUUCCCCUGCAUUUUGUACAAUAGCCUAUUGUGGGGAACCUUAUCGAACGCCUUGCUGAAAUCCAUAUACACCACAUCAACCGGUUUACUCUCAUCUACCUGUUUGGUCACCUUCUCAAAGAACUCAAUAAGGUUUGUGAGGCACGACCUUCCCUUCACAAAACUCAACUGACUUUCCCUAAUCAAUUUAUUCUUUUCUAGAUCACGAUAAAUCCUAUCCCUUAUAACCUUUUCCAACAUUUUACCAACAACUGAGGUAAGGCUCACUGGUCUAUAAUUAACAGGGUUGUCUCUACUCCUCUUCUUGAACAGGGGAACCACAUUUGCUAUCCUCCAGUCAUCUGGCACUAUUCCUGUAGACAAAGAUGAGUUAAAGAUCAAUGCCAAAGGCUCGGCAAUCUUCUCCCUGACUUCCCAGAGGAUCCGAGGAUAAAUCCCAUCCGACCCAGGGGACUUAUCUAUCUUCACCCUCUGUAGGAUUUCUAAUACCUCUUCCUUGUGAACCUCAAUCCCACCUAGUCUAGUAGCCUGUAUCUCAGUACUCUCCUCGACAACAGUGUUGUUUUCUCGAGUGAAUACUGUUGAAAAAUAUUCAUUUAGCGCUUCCCCUAUCUCAUCUGACUCCACACACAACUUACCACUCCUAUCCUUGAUUGGGCCUAAUCUUAUUUUCGUCAUUCUUUUAUUCCUUAAAUACCUAUAGAAAGCCUUAGGGUUUACCCUGAUCUUAUCCGCCAACAACUUGUCAUGUCUCCUCCUGGCUCUUCUGAGCUCUCUCUUUAGGUCUUUCCUCGCUACCUCGUAGCCCUCAAGCGCCCUAACUGAGCCUUCACAUCUCAUCCCAACAUAAGCCGCCUUCUUCCUCUUGACCAGAGAUCCCACCUCUUUCGUAAACCACAGCUCCCACACUCUACAGCUUUCUCCCUGCCUGACAGGUACAUACUUAUCUCGGACACACAGGAGCUUUUCCUUGAAUAAGCUCCACAUUUCUAAUGUGCCCAUCCCCUGCAGUUUCCUUCCCCAUCCUAUGCUCCCUAAAUCUUGCCUCAUCUCAUCGUAAUUGCCUUUCCCCCAGCUAUAACUCUUGCCCAAUGGUAUACACCUAUCCCUUUCCAUCACUAAAGUAAACAUAACAGAAUUGUGAUCACUAUCACCAAAGUGCUCACCCACUUCCAAAUCUAACACCUGGCCGGGCCCAUUACCCAGUACCAAAUCUAAUGUGGCUUCGCCCCUUGUUGGCCUAUCUACAUACUGUGUCAGGAAGCCAUCCUGCACACACUGGACAAAAAUUGACCCAUCUAUAGUACUCGAACUAUAGUGUGCCCCGUCAAUAUUUGGAAAGUUGAAGUCCCCCAUGACAACUACCCUGUCUCUCUCACUCCUAUCGAGAAUCAUCGUUGCUAUCCUUUCCUCUACAUCUCUGGAACUAUUCGGAGGCCUAUAGAAAACUCCCAACAGGGUGACCUCUCCUUUGCUGUUUCUAACCUCAGCCCAUACUACCACAGUUGACGAGUCCCCAAACAUCCUUUCUGCAACUGUAAUACUGUCCUUGACCAACAAUGCCACACCUCCCUCUCUUUUACCAUCUUCUCGGUUCUUACUGAAAUAUCUAAAUCCUGGAACCUGCAACAACCAUUCCUGUCCCUGCUCUAUCCAUGUCUCCGAAAUGGCCACAACAUCAAAGUCCCAGGUACUAACCCAUGCUGCAAGAUCACCCACCUUAUUCCGGACGCUCCUGGCAUUGAAGUAGACACACUUCAAACCAACUUCUUGCUUGCCAGUGCCAUCUUGUGUCCCUGAAACUUUAUUUCGGACCACCCUACUCUCAACCUUUUCUGUACUCGAACUACAAUUUUGGUUCCCAUCCCCCUGCUGAAUUAGUUUAAACCCACCCAAAUAGCCUUAGCAAAUUCCCCCCCAGGAUAUCGGUACCCCUCUGGUUCAGGUGAAGACUAUCUUGCUUGUAGAGGUCCCACCUACCCCAGAAAGAGCCCUAAUUAUCCAAAUAUUCAAAACCCUGCCUCCUGUACCAUCCCUGUAGCCACGUGUUCAACUCCUCUCUCUCCCUAUUCCUCGCCUCACUAGCACGUGGCACAAGCAACAAACCAGAGACAACAACUCUGUUCGUCCAAGCUCUCAGCUUCCAUCCUAGCUCCCUGAAUUUCUGCCUUAAAUCCCCAUCUCUCUUCCUACCUAUGUCAUUGGUGCCAAUGUGGACCACGACUUGGGGCUGCUCCCCCUCCCCCUUAAGGAAACCAAAAACAUGGUCAGAAUCAUCACGCACCCUGGCACCUGGGAGGCAACACACCAACCGUGAGUCUCUCUCGUCCCCACAGAACCUCCUAUCUGUCCCCCUAACUAUGGAGUCCCCAAUGACUACUGCUGUGCUCCGCUUCCCCCUUCCCUUCUGAGCAGCAGGGACAGACUCUGUGCCAGAGACCUGUGCCCCACUGCUUUCCCCUGGUAAGUCGUCCCCCCCAACAGUAUCCAAAACGGUAUACUUAUUGUUGAGGGGAAUUAUCAGGCACGAUCACCCCUUGACAAAGCCGUACUGACUCUGCCCUAUUUUACCGUGCAAUCUCAUUCUUGAUAACAGAUUCUGAAACCUUAUCAACAACCGAGGUCAGGCUAACUGCCCCAUAGUUUUCUGUCCCUUGCUUCCCUCUUCUUAAGCAGGGUUGUUGCCAUUAACCAUUAUCCAAUCCUCUGGGGCUAUCCCUGACUCCAGUGAUUCCUGAAAGAUCACCGCCAAUACCUCCACAAUCACCUGAACUAUUUCCACCAGAACUCUGGGGUAUAGUACAGCUGGUCCGGGUGAUUUAUUCACCAUCAGACCUUUCAGCUCCUCCAGUACUUUCUCCUUAGUAUGGCCACUACACUCACCCUGGCCCCCUUAUGUUGCUGGUGUCUACAAUUGUGAAAUACCUCUUUAUUUCCUCCCCUAUUCUUUUGUUCCCAAUUACUGCUUCUCCAGCCUCACUUUCUAGCGGUCCAAUGUCCACUGUUUCCUCACUCUUACCCUUUAGACAUCUCAAACAAACUCUUGCAAUCUUCUUUCAUAUUACUAACUAGAUCAUUCUCAUAUUUCUUCUUGUCUCCCUUAUUGAUUUUUUAGUAAUUGUCUACUGGUUUUUAAAGGCAUCUCAGUCCUUUGUCUCCCCACUGAUCUUCGCCACAUUGUAUGCUUUUUCUUUUGCUAAUGUGCUGUCCCUGAAUUCCCUCCACAGCCAGGGUUGUCAGGCUCUGCUCGUUACACAUCACUAAAUCCCUGGUGGACUGUACCACAAGCUGCUCCAAAAAAAUCUUGUAGGCAUGCCAUGAAUUCCUCUUGUUGAGAUCAGCUCCCAUCCUGAUUUUUCUAGUCCACCCACAUGUUGAAGUCCCCCAUGAUUAUUGUAAAGGUGCCAUUCUUACAUGCCAUUUCAAUCUCCUGAUUUCCUUUCUUCCCUUCUUCCUGACUACUGAUAGGAGGCCUGUACAGAACUCCCAUCAGGGCCCUUUUUCCUUUUCAGUUCCUCAACUCUACCCACACAGACUUUACACCUUCUGAAUCCAUAUCACCUUCUUGCUAUCAAUUUUAUUUUGUUUCUUGCUAACAAGCAAACCGGGCCCCUCUGCCCGUCUGCCUGUCCUUUCGGUAGGUUAUGUAUCUUCAGAUAUUUAGUUCCUAGCCCUGGUUCCCCUUGCUGUCAUGUCUCUGUGAUACCCACAACCUACAAGCUCAAUUUCAAUCUUCAGUACAAGCUUAUUUACCUUGUUGUGUAUACUGUCUGCAUUUAAAUACAACUCCCUCAGUCCUGCAUUUACCUCCCACUUUCUCAUAGUUAUCCCCUUAUCUGCUGUGCCUGAAGUUAGAUUCCUGAUGCUAUCCAUAAUCCCUGCCCUGUUACAUGUUCUGGAAACCUUAACCCCCAAUGAGCCCUCCCCCUUUAAAUUUCUCCCAUAAUUUUCCAUGCAACUGAACCACCCCCUAACUAUUUAGUUUAAGACCCUAUCCACAGUCCAGUUAUGCUAUUUGCCAGGACUGUGGUCUCAGCAUGAUUCAGAUGCAGCCUGUCCCAUUGGAACAGCUCCCUCCUUCCCCAGUACUGGUGCCUAGGUCAACUGAAUUCAACCUGUUUGUCUGAUACCAGUCUUUGACUCUGUGCCAAUUUGCUUGAGGAUCAGGCAGUAACCCAGAGAUUAUCACCUUUUUGGUUCUGCUUUUUUAAUUUUGCCCCAAGCUGUUUACAUUCUCUCGGCAGAACCUCUUUCCUCUUUCUAUCUAUAUUGUGGGCCUCUAGGUGAACUAUGACAACUGGAUCUUUCUCCUCCCACUCCAACUUCUUCUCUAGCCCCGAUGAGAUAUCCUGAACCAGAUAACAGGCAGGCAACACAGUCUUCAGGAUUAUUGAUCCUAGCCACAGAAAAGAGUGUCUAUUCCCUGACACACUAUCCCUGAUUAUAACUACAUUUCUCUUUUCUCCCCUCUCUUAGAUGGCUCCCCGUAACACGGCGCUAUGUUCAGUUUACUCAUCCUUACUACAGUCCCCAAUCUCAUUUAUACAUGGAGAAAGAAUCGUAAACCUGUUAGACAAGCUCAAGGGCUGAGGCUCUUUCAGCAUUACCCCCUGAAUCCAUCUUCCUGCUUUGCUCAUUGUCACACCCUUCUGUCCCUGACCACUGAGCUGGAGUUCCUCAAGCAGCCAACACUUGUGUAGAUGUUGUCACUGUGAACCACAAAGGGGUCCGCAUCAUGCAGUAACAACACAUUGCCUGGCCAAGACUCUCUCUUUUCAUUAUUCAGUUCUUAAUUUUGUUUUUAAAAUUUCACACUGAUUUAUAAAUAUUUGCCCUAUUAAUCUUCAAUCUGAAAAUAACCUGUAAUAUAUAUUUAAGGACCCAUUUUGGAAACCCGCCGGGUCAUAUGGUGGAAUUUGUCUAAUGAUGACCGUGAAUCCAUUUUCAAUUGUCAGAAAAAUGCAUCUGGUUCACUAAUGUCCUUUAGGGGAAGAAACUGCCAUCCUUACCUAGUCUGCCCUACAUGUGACUUCAGACCCACAGCAAUGUGGUUGACUCUUAGCUGCCCUCUGGGCAAUUAGGGAUGGGUAAUAAAUGCUGCCUAGCCAGUGACACUCACAUCCCAUUAAUGAAUAAAAAAUGAAUUUGUAGCUAUCACCAUCCAGUGAACAUGGUUUAACUGUGAUGUCACUCUCUUGGUGAUAAAAACCUUACAAACUACUGGCCAAAGGAAGCAAGCAAAAAGUGCCUCUUACCUGUUGCAUCAAAUUCUCACAUUGCCUUCAACCUCCCCAAAUUAUGUACUCACUAUACUACUUGUUCCAAUAUGCCCUCUAAGUCAUCUUUCUCAACAAAAGCAUCUGCACAAAGUUCACAAUUUGUUUGGAGUAAGCUAAACUAACACAAAUUUCAAUUUGACGUAGUAUUGUUAAUGCAUAACUGAAUUUUAGAAUAGCGUUGAUUGUGAAAAUCUCCUUUUACUAUGUCUAACAUACUGGGCAAUCAUUCUUUAAAUUCCCCAAUUUUUGUCAUGAUUGUCAAAGGUUUUUGGCAUGAAUGUUAAUUUUAUUUUUAUAACACUUAUGUAUAAGAUUAUCAGCAUAUCAACAUGAUUAAAAAUACGGAAUUUGAAUGCAAAAUGUGAAUCAUUUCUCUCUGAAUCAUUUGUGCUUCAUUUCCUGCCCCCACACCCAACGGGACUAAUGUUAGUUCUUAUCACUGGCUGAAAAACAGGUGACGUUGAAUCAGU